GGUCAAAGUGCGACCUACGCGCCCACCAUCGCUGCCUUGAUCGCGAAAGUAGUGAGAGCAACCAAAGAACCAAAGUACGAAGACUACGGAUAGCUUAGAAUCAAAAGCACGCGACCGCUUGCUUGUUCGCUUCUGCGCAUCAAAUUUGUGUAUCGCAGUGUCACGCAUUUCAGACUGCGCAGAACGGCCGCAGAGCCAGUGUUAUUAUUGACUUGUUCCCUCGUCUACGUUCUCUUAAAGCAUCUCACUAUUUCAGUGACCCGCUAGGUGCUGCCUGCAUUUUCAGUGGUCUGCUUAUGUCGGAGCGUCUUGUCACUUAUGCUGCUUGUGCUACAUUCGAGGAUUUAGCAUUGCCCUGCGGCGUAUAGGUUGUUUUGGAGUACUGUCACGGUACCACUGUUGCAUUACGCAUACCCUGCUGAUGCCCUUUCUGCAGGGCUGGGCGGCUAUUGAGGGACCAUGAAGAUAAACGACAAAAAUCUGGUGAGCUUUGCGCUAAGCUCGAGCCCAGUCGACCGGGAAGGCUGGCUGCUCAAGCGUGGUGAAGUCAACCGUGCUUACCAGAGGCGCUGGUUCCUUCUCAAGGGAAACCUACUGUUCUACUUUGAGAAGAAGACUGACCGGGAACCAUUAGGCGUGGUCAUUCUUGAAGGCUGUACUGUUGAACUGGCUGAGAAUGAGGAGAUGUUUGCUUUCAAGGUUGUGUUUCAUGGCUCCGGCAACCGGAUGUACAUGCUGUCAGCCGACACACAGGAGUCAAUGGAGGCUUGGAUGAAAGCAUUGGCAUGUGCGUCUUACGAUUACAUGAAGCUCAUGGUUGCUGAACUGCAGCGUCAACUCAGCCAAGUAGCAGAGGCCGAGCGCCUUGCCAAAUGUGGCAACACUGUGCCCCUGCUCAUCGGAGGACAGCUGCCUGGAAACCGCUCUGACAGCUGCCUGUGUGUGCGAGAUACUCCAUCAGGCCGUGCAGCGCGUUUCAACCCUUUUGACCGCUGGAAGGAGGACGGGUGUACUGGCAAUGACAGUAGUGAAGCGGUCAAGCGCAGCAGCGGUGUCCCAGCUAACACCCCAGUGUCGUCACGGUCAUCGACAAAAUACACAUUUGCCGAGCUUCAUCGACGGCACGGGAUGCGAUUUCGAAAACUCAUAGAGGAGCGGAAGCGAAAAGAGGAGAAAGAGCGUGGCUUAGAUCUGCUCAUCGAUCUUUGAGAGAUUUUUCAUCCCGUAAAGAACCCUGAAAAUGUUUUUUUUGUUGUUGUUGUUGUUGAUGUUUUGUUUUCAUCAACUGGAGACACUUGCAGACCAUCUGGGCCAGAUUUUAGUACUGCUUAUUGCAUGAUUUGAUUAGUCUUCAUAUGACCAAAGGCCCUUUGAUUUUUGUGCGGUCUGCCUUUUCCACUGUCUGGAGGAAGUUGCACUUUCUUAAGAGUAUGUAAGUCGUCUGGAAAGCAGCAAAUUUUUCAAUGUCGCUGCAAGGCUGUACAUUCUAUACGUAGCACAAUGUAAGGAGACCCAGCUCACAUUGAGUAGAACUAGCUUAACUUGGGCUGGUUGGUUUGUGAUGUUGACAUGAAUGCUGGUCUUCUAUGCUGCCAAAAGCUUCUAUGCUACCAAUUCAUAUGGACCUGGCUGUAUGUGCAAUGAAAUAUGGUGGCACUAUUCAUGGGCUGAAACUAGGGACGGUCACGGUGGCAACUCCACUGAAACUUUGCAGCAGCCCAUACAUGCCUUAUUGCACUUGACACUUUUACACAACUAUUUUGGCAUGUGGGUUUGCUCACGCAAAAUGAUAGUAUAUAAGAAUGACCACAGGAUGAUGAUAUAUGUUGACGUAGGUCGAUGAUGUAUGGCUAGCACAAUGGCAUAGCAGCAUUACUUAUUUCUUCUGCUGUGCUGAUGCCCGAGUGACUUUCCGUGCGGCAUCAGUUUUUGCUGCUUUUCUCAACUUUUUCUUUUGUGAAUUUGUGUACAUAACAAGUUAGGAGACCUCCCACUUAAACUCAAAUUGUUCGUUUGGCAAAGCCAAGAAAUACCUCUGGAAUAUUUCAGUCAGUUGUGUUGCUUGUGUUACAUGUAUGCCACCACACCUUCUUAGCAUGCGUGAGCUAGUCAUCUUAGGUGCUAGGCUUUACUUCUAGCAUUCAAUGCCAUAUCAGUGGUUUUAUAUAUUAUUUUGUUUUUAUUUAUUUUUUCAAUGUCAAUAAAAGCGUGAAGAAUUUCAGUAGUGGGAAAUCAUUGUGGGCAGCCUUUCUAAACCUGUAGGUAGCAAGUAUGGGCAAUCAGGCAUGGAAAUUUGUGUGCAAAAAUACAAGUCUUCUGUUAUUAUUAUUAUUUUUUUUUUUGGUAGUGCAAUUGUAUGUAAACUGAUGGCACUGCUCUUGCUCUGCGCCACUUAUGGUGUUGUAUUGCUUCUAAUAGCACCCUAAGUGACAAAUGGUGACAAGUCCCCAGUUAAACAGAAAGGUGAAUCCUAAAACUAGGCUUUCUAUUUUUGCAUACAGAAGUAAAACGAGACUAGCAGGCACUGACUAUUGUGGGACUUGCUUCAUAGUAACUUGAAUAACAAGUUUUUCUGUGUUUUUACUUGUAACCUGAUGCGAGUUACACAUAAUACACCUAAUUUGUUGGUGCACACCCUGCUGCUCACUGCAUUGCCUGUAGCACGUCUUUGAAUAUUAGUUAUUACUCGGAGAAAGUCAAUUGUUUCCAACACUUUUAUCACAAACAGCAGUUAUGAGCUGGACAUGUUCAUCCAUCAUACUUUUGUUCAUGCACAGCACAGCUUUUUCUUUCCCCAAGACCUCAAGAGAGUUCAGGUGUCCACAGGAAAGUGAGGCAGUUACGAUACCGAUUGUCUUCCUUUUCCCUCCAACCACAACCCCCCUUUGUCCUUUUCUGUAAAUACAAUAACUAGUACUACUAACAUAAAAAGGAAAGAUAUCGGAGCAAGUUUACCUGGAAUUGUAUCAACAUUCCUGUGAUUUUAUACUGCUGCCGAUUUGCACAAGUACGCAAAUAACACCAUUAAACAUUACAACAAAGUUGCAUCCAACAGAAUACCUUCGUUAUAUCUGAUAUCUGUUUAUUAACUCAUUACGUGGCAUAAUCGGCAAGAAAUUAUUUUAUUUACUUAGCUAUAACCUAUAAUUCGUUAAAGGUUGGACUUGCAUUUGACGUUAACAAACUCCAUCAAUUAUCUGCCGAGGUCAUCUAAUGUGCCAUAUAAUAGUGCUGGUUGAGACAAUGCCUGCAACUUUAGUGCAUGUGCAUUGCAACACUCUCUCCACUGGUAUUCACGUCGUUAUGCAAGGUGAUAAGUCGCGGGUUUGUGAAACAAAUGGGUCGAGUAAAAGAAAACCACGUAAAGGCCACUUUGCGGAGGGCUAACUAAGCGAGCAUGCCUUAAAUGUCUGCUUGCAAAUGAGAAAUGGCAAUGUGGCUCUUCUACAGCGUGCUUCUUCAGAUUGUGGGGGAGCCUCUUGGUUUUCAGGAGUUCUUCGUUUGGCACUAGAGUUUUCCAAGAGUACUAUAGGAUUCUUAUCAUCGCAGUCAUCAUCAUCAGCCUAUUUUUAUGUCCACUGCAGGACGAAGACCUCCCCCAGUGUUCUCCAGUAACCCGUCUUGCGCUAUCCGUUCCAACUUGCACCUGCAAAUUUCCUAAUUUCGUCACCCCACCCAAUUUACUGCCGUCCUCGGCUCUACUUCCCUUCCCUUGACACCCAUUCUAUAACUCUAAUGGUCCACCGAUUAUCUCCCCUAUGCAUUACAUGGCCUGCCCAGCACCAUUUUCUCCUCUUAAAGUCAACUAGAAUAUCGGCUAUCCCCAUUUGCUCUCUGAUCCACACCGCUCUCUUCCUGUCGCUUAACGUUAUGCCUAACAUUUUUCGUUCCAUCACUCUUUGCAUGGUCUUUAACUUGUUCUCGAGCGUCUUUGUUAACCUCUAAAUUUCUGCCCCAUAUGUUAGCACCAAUAGAAUGAAUUGUUUUUGUUUUUUGUUUUCAACGACCGUGGUAAGCUCCCAAUGACGAUUUGGUAAUGCCUCCUGUAUGAACUCCAACCCAUUUUUAUUCUUCUGGAAGUUUCCUUCUCAUGAUUAGGGCUCCCUGUGAUCGUCAUAAUGUGGGAGUCUAAAUGUAUUGAGGAAUUGAGGGCUCAUGACUGCUGUCAUAGUAAUUAUGUGAAUUGAAUUUAUUUCCAACAUGUUUACAUACAACAUGUUUGAGGUGCAUGGGAGUAAAAGCCGCUAAAAAGCAGCUUUGUCAAGCUGAUUUUUAGAGGCUGCGAAUGCGAAAGUCAGUGAAGUCGAGGGCUUUUUUCUAAAUGACAGCAAACAAAUCUAAAGGACAUUAUUACUUCUAAAAGGACGAGCCAUAAACGGGAACAAAAAUUACGACACAGGCGUUACCAUCCAACUAGUUUAUUCUAUGCACAAAUGCGGAAAUAUAUAGACGAGGUGACUGACGCAGAAUGCUCAUAUCGCCUCAUUUGCACCGAAAAGGUGAUUGAGGAAUCGUACUUUGUAGUGGAAGUCGAGCUGCGUCAUUGAAACAUCAUUAUGCUGUACAAUUCUGAAAUAAUCUUUUUCGACAACUGGCUGUCCCAUUAGCCAUUGAUUGUACCUUUCGCACGCCAUGUCAUUUCAAUGUUGCGUUCUGCGCAUGUCAUCUUGUUAACGUGUUGUCAUUAUUGUUCCGGUUUCUGGUUCAUCUUUCUAUCACUAAGCAUAUCCUUUAAUAACACCAACUAGGUCAAGAACAAGCUUUUUCUGUCUGUUUCCCUUGUCAAUUUGUGCCAACUACUGACGUUUCUUGCAAUGUGUGUGUAACACAGUGAGAAGUGUACCAUGAUAAACUGUUGUGUGUGCAGUAUAUUGAAGCAUUUUUUUAAAUUUUAGUAAAUAUUGUUUUGAAAGCUUUACUGAAUCAGCUGCUUCUACAGAAUACAACUCUGGUUUUCCUGAUGCUUGGGAUAUCAUAAAAGCAUCUUGCAUUGAAA